UCCUUGUAGUCAAAGAAGGCGUUUUGUAGGUUGGUUGAGGUCGCAUGUUGAGGCGUUUGUGAAAGCGUGUGAAUUUUUGAGUAAAAAAAAUAUUGUUUCACUGCAUUUCUUAACCUAUGCAGCUUAUGUUUUAGCCACAAACGCCAGUUUUUUAUACAUCCGGUAGUUUGUAAGCAUUUAAUGACUCCGUGUUUUGUUCGCCUUCACGUUUACAAACAGUUGUGAUUGCCCUAUCUGCGAAGUGACGGAGAAAUGAACCAUAAGAGUAAGAAGCGGAUUAAAGAAGCAAAACGUAGUGCCAGACCCGAACUUAAGGAUUCCGUGGACUGGACCAGACACGAGUACUACAGCAACUUCGACCUAUCGCAUCGGACCGUAAAGGAUAAUGUGGAGCGAGUGGAUGGCCUUCAGCUCACCAUAGAAGAGUUUGUUGAGCGCUUUGAAAAACCGUAUAAACCCGUGGUGCUGCUUAACUGUCAGGAUAACUGGCCAGCUCUGGAGAAGUGGACACUGGAGAGACUCAAGCGCAAGUAUCGCAACCAGAAAUUCAAGUGUGGGGAGGACAACGAUGGGUACUCUGUAAAGAUGAAAAUGAAGUACUAUGUAGAGUACAUGGAGACGACUCAUGACGACAGCCCCCUCUACAUCUUUGACAGUAGUUACGGUGAGCACGCCAAGCGCAGGAAACUGCUGGAGGAUUAUGAGGUGCCCAUUUUCUUCAGGGAUGACCUCUUUCAGUUUGCUGGUGAGAAGCGCAGACCGCCAUACAGGUGGUUUGUUAUGGGACCUGCACGCUCGGGGACAGGAAUUCACAUCGAUCCUCUUGGCACCAGUGCAUGGAAUUCACUCGUUCAAGGACACAAACGCUGGUGCCUUUUUCCAACAAACACCCCCCGCGAGCUCAUCAAGGUAACCCGGGAUGAUGGAGGCAAUCAGCAGGACGAAGCCAUUACCUGGUUCAGUGUUAUUUAUCCAAGAACUCAGCUGCCAACUUGGCCGCCCGAGUUCAGGCCCUUGGAGAUUCUUCAAAAGCCAGGGGACACUGUCUUUGUACCAGGGGGCUGGUGGCACGUUGUUCUCAAUUUGGAUGUGACUAUUGCUGUGACGCAGAACUUUGCCAGCACUGCCAACUUUCCAAUUGUGUGGCACAAGACUGUCAGAGGUAGACCCAAGCUCUCUCGGAAAUGGUACAGGAUACUGAAGCAGGAACGGCCGGAGUUGGCAGCAUUAGCAGAUGCCGUUGAUCUCCAAGAGUCAACAGGAAUUGCAUCAGAUAGUUCCAGUGACUCCUCCAGCUCUUCUAGCUCCAGUUCCUCUGAUUCAGCCUCUGAGGGUGAAUCUGGCUCUGAAGGAGAUGCAAUGACCCACCGCAGGAAAAAAAGAAGAACCUGUAACAUGAUGGGAAAUGGAGAUUCCACAACCCAGGACGACUGUGUGAACAAAGAACGCAGCUCUUCGAGGUGACGCCACCCGACAGAACACAAGCCACAGCGCCACGGUUAAAGUUCACAGAAGCAUAGCAAGAGGACACCCACCCCAGGGAUGCUGCUCAGGCUGUUUAAUAAGACUUAGAUUUUACUUCUCUAACUUGGUGUUAGAAAGGUAACUUACUCAAAAGAUCAAGACUGUUUUAUUUUAGUAAGAUUUUAUAUGUGCCUGCAUUUCAACAACAAAAAAAAAAAAGUUCCAUUGUGCAGGAAAAUGUAAUUUCAAAUUUAAAAAAAAAAAAAAAAUUGCCUUUACAUUCUUGUGUUCAGCUGUCCGGUAAGUGGGAAUAACGUGGAUUUUUAUACAUGUGGUCCUCAAUGCUAUGUGUGGUGAAUGUUUGUUUAUAAAACACCAGUUGUCAGUAAGUUCAAUUUUGUGUUUUUCAUUACAGGGAAUAAAAUUUGCACUUUUGUCUUUUAAAGUAAUAUUAAGAGAUAUGCCUUUUGUGUUAAUACUUUUAAAUUGUGUCUCCCUGACCACAAAACUGUUUUGUUCCCGACAUGAUCUACUUGUUUGCCCCCUCACUGUUACAGUAUGUGUGGGAGGUCCGCUAGUUACGUUUUAUAUUUGUCUGUUUUCUGUGUGUCCCCAUUGAGACACCAGGCCGAGCUGAAAGUUUAGAAAGUCGAAUUUGUAUUUCUUCACAGUACAAGUAACGGUUCAAGCCUUCAUCACAAGUCAGAAAGCAAGAGGUGGGCAGUUGUGUGGUGCAGUGGCUGAAAGCUGAGCUCCAUUUCCUGUCCUGUGCUGUCCUCUGCAGAAACACAACAGUUUAGUCACACCGAGCACCAGUACAGGUUCACCAUCUUUGCCUCCUCUUCUCUCUGAAAAACACAAUUAGAUACUCCCAGAAGUAUGGAGUUUCUUUUUUUUUUUUCUCCUCACUGCAGCCGUUACUUUUUUAAUUUCUGCAAAAAAAAAA